AUGUCUCCAGGAAUACUCACUCCAAACCGCACCUUCACUCUGACGGAGAUGGAGAAGACACCAAAGGACAAACACAACUUCGGAGCCGUCGUCACCGGACUCGAUUUGGAUGACAUCAGCGAUGCCGAUAUCAAAGCCCUGCACGAUGCCAUCUGGACACACAAAGUCCUCGUCGUCAAAGGGCAGAAGCACAUCCACCCCAUCAAGCAGUGGGACCUCGUCACCAGACUCGACCCCGACGCGCCGCUCGUCCACGGCCACGGCGACAUGAAGACCUUCAACGAAAAAGGCGGCCUCCUCUCCAGAGGCCGCGAAGUCCUCGCCAUCCCCGGCGCAGAAAACGUCCGCGUAAUCGGCAAAGGCUUCCAGGGCGAAAACCACUACGGCCUCCUCAACAAGACCCUCACCCGCACGCCCUCGCACGACUUCCACACCCUGCCCCUCUCAGAAGCAGACUUCGAGGCGGGCCACACGCGCUUCCAGCGCUGGCACAUCGACGCCGCGCUCUACGACCGCGAGCCCGCGUGGUUCACGACGCUGCGCUGCAUCACGCGCCCGACUGGGCCCGAGGUCACGGUCCACUGGGACGACGGCAGCGGGCGCAGCAUGACCGUAGAGCCGGGGCUGACUGCGUUUUUCAGCAAUGUGCAGAUGUACGAGCUAAUGAGCGACGAGGAGAAGAAGGUUGCGGACCACUCGUGGGUGGAGUAUGCGCCGCACCCGUACCAGUGGAUGGGGAACUGCAAGGGCAAUGCGAAUGGGCUGGGGCUGGUGAGUCAGGGGAAGGAGAUGAGGGAAGAGGAGCUGGGGGAGUGGGAUGAGCAGGCUGUGAAGCGGUAUCCUAUGGUGUGGGUGAACCCCGUCACUGGAGAGAAGGCGUUUAUGGUGCAUGGGAUAUGUGUGCGGCGUAUGUUCCUGCGGUCGAGUGUCGAUGAGGAGCCGACUGUGGUGGAUGAUGUAGUGAAGAUCCGAGAGUGGCUGAAGGUGAUUCAAGAACGGGUGCUGAAGCCGGAGUACAUCUUGCUGCCCAAGGCCGAAGAGGGAGACAUCAUCAUGUGGGCCAACUUUCAGAUGUUCCAUACCGCGAUAGACUAUCACUCGAAGCUGGGACCGAGGACGAUGCAUCAGGCCAAUGUCGGAGCAAGCGUCGGACCUGUCGGACCGGUGCCCAUUCCCGCAGCUAGCUGA